AGUACGCUCCGAGCCUCGCGUGUGGGUUGUCAUUCGUCCUGUUUGUGUGGCUACACGGCGUGCUCCUCCGGUGAUUCUCCAAUUCAUCCGUUAUUGUUUUCCUCUCCAAUGUGCUCUUCAGUCAGUCAGUUGUGCUAACGAUAGAUACACGCAUGUCCGUACUUUAGUGCUUUCAGUAUCAUUUGCCACUAGCAGUAGAACCAUUCGUAACUUGUACUGUUUACGAAGAACACAAUUUUAGUUAUCAGCUGCUUUACAUCAACCAAGAGACAGAUGAAGGUGUUUGACGAAUAUAUUCCAUGGCAUCAUGCAGAGGUGUUGGCUGCAAGGGCAAUGUAUCACCCAGAACACUAAUCCGCAAUCCAUUGGCAACAGAAGAUACACGGGAACGUUUGCGGCAGUUUUUUGAAGAUUGUUCAUUAGACUCUGCUUUAGAUGAGCUGGCGUUUUGGGAAAUGUGUACUGAUGUUGUUGCAAAGUCUGAUAACUUUUCUAAUGGGUGGCUGUCUCGUUUGAGGGGUGCUGGCUACCGUAGGCGAGACUUAAUGAGAGAUGUCAAGGAGCUGGUGCGCUUUGCGCAGGACCAUGCUCUCAACUUUGAUACUGGCCAAUUAGAUGAUUUGGAACAAGCAGCAAACUCUGCCCGUUUACUUGAAACAGUAAAAGUUGUUGAGUCUUCUCGUCGGCAUGUUGAAGUUUUACUGGAGCCAAAGCUGGAAGCGUUUCGGAAAGAAAUGAGACGUCAACAUAAUAUGACCUAAUUGGUUCAGCCAGAAGACAUACUCUUACUGGAAUAAUGCCACCCAUGUUCCUAUGACAGUCAUGUAUUUCAAAUGAAGACAUUACAUGUUGGACUGCAACAAAUUGUCUGUGAUAUUAACCACAAUGGACAAAAAAGUGACAAGUUGGACAAGUUUAAUUAACUCGUGUCUAAGAUGUUAUUUGAGUGGCAUAUUACCACUCAAAACCAUGUUUUGAAUAUGUUGCUUCUUUUGUAGCUGAUUGUAGUAUGCUGUGAUCUACAAUUUGCUCUUAAAUUUUAUUGUGCCUUUUUAUACGAGUAUGUACAUCAUAUAAUAUAGUCUAAUGCACAGUAUGACAAAUCCUACAAGAUAUUACUUUUGAGAAAAAAUUUAACUGUUAAAUUAGGUUGGAUUACAAACUGUUACAGAAAUAAAGUUUUUUGUGCUGUUAA